AUGUCAACUGAAGAAGGAGUUGACCUUAGCCACGGGGGGGGGGGGGGGGGGGGGGGGGGGGGGGGGGGGGGGGGGGGGGGGGGGACCCGGUCGCGGUUAAGUGGAUGGUUGCUACUGAAGGACGCAAUCGAACUCGGAUCAGCCGCCUCCGGGCCCAAAGCCGGCUCUAAGGAGUCUGCUGGAGUUUGUGGCCUGGAGCUUGGACUCUCUCUCCUCUCUCCGGAAAAAAUGAACGGGGGGGGGGGGGGGGGGGGGGGGGGGGGUGGGGGGGCCCCAACAAGACAGGACACGGUCCCACUGAGUCUGAACUCUCCUCAGUGUUAUAAACUCACCCGGAACUCCAAGUGA